AUGAGUGAGGGAGGCACGAGGAAGAGCUACGGGACGGGGGCCUGCAAGGAGGAGGAGGAGGAGGAGGAGGAGGCAGUGGCAGUGAUUGCUGGAGUGCUGAGGGAGAAAUUCGGGCCUCAGAUUGUGAGCGAGGAGGUGGAGGCGUGGGGGAGUGGGAUAGGAAGCAGCGAGGACGAAGAGGGGGUGGGGAUAGUGAAUGAGGAGGAGGGGGGCGAGGAGGAGGAGGAGGAGGAGGAGGAAGCAGAAGCAGAAGCGUGUGAGGAGGACGCACCACCCACCACAUCUCCUCCCACGCCCCCUCCUCUACUCAACGGCCGGCGGCCCCUCUCUGCAGAACUUGCCAUUGCAUCAACCACUGUGGGGGGAUGGGACCGGCAGGGAUGUGGCUGCUACAACUACCUCUGCUACAGCCGCCGCAUCCCUCCGUCUGCUGGACCUGCUACAGCCGCCACUGCUACAGCCGAGGAAUUUUCGGGCGUGGGGGCAGGCAUACUGGCAGGCAUGGGGGCAGGCAUGAGGGCAGGCAUACUGGCAGGCAUGGGGGCAGGCAUGCUGGACGUGCUACAGCCGUUCCUGUGGGUGGCGGUGUCACCGGCUGUAGCAGAGGAGUUACUGUUCAGAGGGCUGCUGUUCACGACACUACAAGAGAGGCUCGGCAGGAUCGACGCUGCCAUGCUGUCUGCAGCCCUCUUCCACCUCUCCCUCGCCCUCCUCUUCCCCAACAUGGCCCUUGGGAUUGCCGCCAGCCUGCUCGCUGUCUACUCCAAAAGCGUCUUGCCAGCUGUCGCUCUGCAUACCACUUACAACGCUUCUGCUCUAAUCUACGCACUCAUGGCUGCGACGAUUGCUUCUGUCUAG